AUGCACGCGCUCAACCUCGCCGUUCCGGCCGCUCUCCUCCUCCAAGGCGUCGCUGCCGUCCCCGCGCCGACCCUCGUUGCCCGUGCCGAUGUUAUCGCUCCCACGGCCGCUUGGAUCAGCGUCAACGACAAGGGUGUCCCGACGACCGUCACCCCCGUGCCGACCACCAUCUCCGGCACCCCAACCUUCGCGUCCGCCGCGCCCAACGCACUGACGGGGAGCGUCUUCACCAUGACAGACUUCCACCUCGUGCAGGUCACCACGAGCACCGGCAGCCCGCCGCUGGCUACUGCCGACAGCAAGAGUGGUGCCGGAGCUUUCGCCCCCUGCAACAACGCGAAUGGUGACUUUUCACCCUUUUGCGAUCCUGUCAAGGAUAGUGAGCUCUUUGUCGAUGGGACGUACUAUGUGACCUGGGACCCCACCGUGCUCAUCAAGGGCAACAAGACCAACGUCCAUGUCAAGAUCCAGGGCAAGGCGGUCAACGGCACCACGGUCGGCGACACCGUCCUCAACGACGACACAGACAAGACCAACCCGGCGGCGUGGGGCUACUACGCCUGGAACGUCGAUGGCAGCCUCAUCCCAUCCGGCCAGGAUAACGCCACGAUCGAGCUCGUCAUGUCGUACACCAUCGACAACAUAGCGCAGACUGACAUCACGGGCCCCCGCGUCCUCGUAGUCAAGCGCCCGCAGUUCCACCCGCAGCCCACCAAGAUCCCCAAGGGUGCCGAGCUGUACAUCGCCUUGCCGACCGUCUUUGGCUUGAUCGUCAUCGCCGUCAUCGGCGGCUGCCUCUGGAACCGGAGCACCCGCAAGAUCGGCCUCGGGAACGUCAUGAGCCGCUCGCGUCACGGGUACGGCAUCGGCAAGGCGCGCGCGCAGCGCCUGGGCGCCCGUGUGCGCCAGAGCGUCUUCCACGGCCGCAAAAGCCGCGGCAUUCAGCUGCGGGAGCACGAGAUGAACCUCGGCGACGACGGAUACGUGUACCGCGACGAGCCCCUCUCCGGACAGCGGCCCGCCGGCCGUCCCAGAAGGGACAGCGACUCGCUUGGCAGCCUGGCGGGUACCCCAACGUCCACCCACUUCCAGGGCCAGGAUGUGCGGGGCGCCGGCGGCGGUAACGCUUUCCGCGAGGAGCUGAGGCGGCAGGAGAGGGAGAGAUUUUAG